GGUGUCUGCCUCGUCUCGCGCUCGCGCCGCCGCCGCCUCUCGCGCCUCUCUGGCCCCGCGCGAGCUGAGGGCGAAAGCGAGGCUGCCGCCGGUUGCGCCUCAGCUCCUGUCGCGAGGCCGUCGCCAUGGCGGGCGGUCCGGCUCGCCGCUCGCGGCCCAAGACGCUCCUGGUGCUGCUCGUCCUACUGGUUCUCGGGGGCCACCGCGGGGCCCAAGCUUUAGUGUGUGAGUGCAACGAAUGCAACCAAGGCAACACUACAUGUGAAACAGACGGAGCCUGCAUGGUCUCAAUAACAAAUGUGAAUGGACUGAUGCAUCAUGUCCGAACCUGUAUCCCUAAAGCCAAGCUGAUACCUGCUGGAAAGCCCUUCUUCUGCCUGAGUUCAGAAGAUGUGCGCAAUACACACUGCUGCUAUGAAGACUACUGUAACAAAAUUGAUCCUCUGGUACCCAGUGGGCAUCGGAAAGAUGACGAAACACCUUCUGGCUGGGGACCUGUGGAGCUUGUGGCUGUGAUUGCAGGCCCGGUGUUCCUUGUGUUCGUCAUUUUGAUCAUAGUGGUUUUUGUCUUUCACCACCACCAGCGAGUAUAUCACAAUCGCCAACGGCUUGACAUGGAAGAUCCAUCUUGCGAGAUGUGUCUAUCCAAGGACAAAACCCUUCAAGAUCUAGUGUAUGAUCUGUCUACCUCUGGCUCUGGCUCAGGUUUGCCGCUCUUUGUCCAGCGCACUGUGGCUCGGACAAUUGUCCUGCAGGAAAUAAUCGGCAAAGGUCGUUUUGGGGAAGUGUGGCGUGGCCGGUGGCGUGGCGGCGAUGUAGCUGUGAAAAUCUUUUCUUCGCGGGAAGAGAGAUCCUGGUUCAGAGAAGCCGAGAUCUACCAAACUGUCAUGCUGCGCCAUGAGAAUAUUUUGGGGUUUAUCGCUGCAGACAACAAAGAUAAUGGCACUUGGACUCAAUUGUGGUUGGUCUCCGAUUACCAUGAGUAUGGCUCUCUGUUUGAUUACCUCAACCGAUACACUGUAACCAUCGAGGGGAUGAUUAAAUUGGCUCUGUCCGCUGCCAGUGGACUAGCACACCUGCACAUGGAAAUUGUGGGAACCCAAGGAAAACCUGGGAUUGCUCACCGGGACUUGAAAUCCAAGAAUAUACUGGUGAAGAAGACUGGAACUUGUGCCAUUGCCGACUUGGGUCUGGCUGUCCGCCAUGACGCCGUUACUGAUACAAUUGACAUAGCCCCCAAUCAGAGGGUUGGAACAAAGCGCUACAUGGCUCCCGAGGUUCUUGAUGAAACAAUUAACAUGAAGCAUUUCGAUUCAUUUAAAUGUGCUGAUAUCUAUGCCCUGGGACUAGUUUAUUGGGAAAUUGCUCGGAGAUGCAACUCGGGAGGUACUCAUGAAGAAUAUCAGCUGCCAUACUAUGACCUUGUACCGUCUGACCCCUCCAUAGAAGAAAUGCGGAAGGUUGUAUGUGACCAGAAGCAACGGCCUAAUGUUCCCAACUGGUGGCAGAGUUACGAGGUACAGUUAGACUGUGACAAAGACUAUAACAACUUGACGCUUCUUGAACAAGAGUCUUUGCGAGUUAUGGGGAAAAUGAUGCGCGAGUGCUGGUAUGCCAAUGGAGCAGCACGACUAACAGCGUUGCGCAUCAAGAAAACUCUUUCUCAUCUCAGUCUCCACGAGGAUGUGAAAGUUUAGUCCACAAGCCCCUUUCCCGAGGAAACUGCGCAAAAGCUGCCAUGCUAGAAUUGAUGAAUGGUGGAGAAGGCCUACCUCGUAUUUCUACACAGCCUGCUCCUAUCAGCUGGACAACUUGGUGUGCAGGUUAGGUGAGGAAAGUGGACACCCACAGACUUGGCUCCCUUCCUGAUUCACGAGUGAAAGUCAUCUUUUUUUUUUCUAAUGCCCUCCGGAGAGCGUAAGGAUGGGCUUGUUGUAUAGAGAGAGAAGUUGGCCGCAACCGUAUCUUGUUUCUCUGAUGGAAAUCCCUGUAAAUCCUCGCGACGUGCUUGUCGGAGACAGCCCUCUGGCUUAGGGGAAGUGCUUGAGGACCAACAUAUGCACACACAUGCGCACACAAGAUUUGGGUGCUCCCUUGUCUGGUCAUGUGAAGCUCUUAGUCCUUUCCUAGUUUGACAGAUCCUAAGCCACCGCAGCCACUAGCGUUCAGCAGCGUGAGCAUGUGCAAAGGUACGUGUCCCUGUGCCCCUUUGGUAUUAUCGUGUCCGCUUGUGCCCCUGUGCAUGUGCAAAUGUAGAGCGUCCUCGUGUGAAAGUGCAGGUGCUCGUGCUCUCUUUGUCCCACACGUUGAGCAUCGUUAUCUCUUUUUCCUCUCGCUAGGGAAGGAUGCGAGGGUAUCCUCCCUGCCAAUUUUUAGACCCAUCAGGGCGCUACACAAAACUAUCUCACUGCCAUCCUUCCCUUCUUUUCAAAGCAGGGAAUAGGUUUUAUUGCGUGUGUGUGUUUUUUAGUUUCAUGGUCCUCCUGUGUUGUUAGGGCUGGGUGGCAACAGUUGCUUAGCAGGCAGUCCAAUCAGCAGAAGGAAUAGGUGUCAGGUGAAAUCAGUGCUGGUCCUCCUGGUUAAAGGAAGCCAGGCAAAAGUAGGGCUGUGGGAAGCGGUUGACCUUUCAGGAUCAUUGCCGUUCUAUUUCUCAAGAAACAACUCUAGCAUUUUAAACAUUUCUCUAAUGAAGCAUCUGUGGCAAAAUAGUGUGUUCAGAGGCUUCCUGUGAAGAUUUAUCCCUUAAGGAAUGAUGACUGCAAAACUAAACUUUUUAUUAUUAAAAGUGUACGUGUGUGUGUAUGUGUGUAUAUAUAUAUAUGUUUGUGUGUGUGUGUGUGUGUGUGUGUAUAUAUGUAUAUGGUCUCCCGUAUUCUGGAAGUGAUUAUGUGUCACUUGGAAUGGGGUGGGGGGGAGAGUUUGGAAUGGAUUAACUUGCAUGCAUUUUGUUUCAGUUAAAUGAUCAGGGUGUAAUAAGACUGAUUUGGCUGUCGUGUUUGCUUUGGGAACAGCCCAAGACUGUAUUAUGAUGCAAAUAAUGUGUUGAAAACUCCAUAGUAUGUGGGUUGGGUGUUUGUGGUAGAUAACUCCUGAAGCCAUAACUUUUAACUGGAAUGGUUUGACUAUUGUUUGUUAAUUCUUAUUUAAUUGGGAGGGUCUGGAUUUUAACUUUUUUUACUAUUCUUUAUAAGAGAAGUAAAAUUGAUAAUUACCUCUCAUUCUCUUUUUAAAGAAAUCACUACAAAAAAAAAUACUGAAAAAAAAUGCACACAGCUCAAUUUUACACUGGAACUGUUUCUACUCAAGUUGUGGGCCCUGACUUCUGAGAGGAGACAUUAUGUCCACUCUGAGACAGGGCAUUUUUUAAGUACCGUAUAUAAAACAUUGUGUGUUUUGCUGUCUGUGUGUGUAGGUGUUCGUCUCUGUCUCUUCCUCCUUCAGCCCCUUCUCUUGUUCUCAACUAUGUCAGUGUGUAAAGUUGAAGCAUUGUCGUGUUGUGUAUUGGAGUCAGUUUUACACGCUCCUUUUGGUUUGAAGCAAACUGUAGCUUCCUCCAGGGCCGUGUUUUGAAAAUCUCAGGCGCUCUUAUUCACGGAGGGACAAGUGGAGUUUGCCCUUCUCGUAAAACCUGCUGCCUUCUGUGAUUCUGUUUCUGAUUGCUUUUGAGCCAGAGGCUACCACACCUCUCCAGCAAAUGGACACAGCUUACCAAAUCACCUCUACAACUUGGUUCUAAGAUGAAAAGCACCUCGACAUUUGUCUAGAUCAUGUAUUCCCAUCAAUGAAAAAUUGACUACUUGGUUGCUGACAUUGGAAGUUGAAGAUAGUACAUCAUGGAGGCUUAAAUUUGGAAGACGCACGUGUCCAACUCGCAGCGGUAACAUAAUUCCAUUGCUAAGUUCUCCUUAGUUGGUUGGGGUUUUUUUUUUAAGUAACAAGGGAGCCAUUGUCCUUUGAAACUGCUUGGCCUUGGUGGCUGGAAGAGUUGAGGAAGCUGUAGUGUGGCUAUGAAAUUAACAUGGUGCCUAAGCACAUUCUGAGUGUUCCCCCAAGAAGCAAGUUGUACACUCAAACUUAUGGCAUUGCAGUGAUAAGCACACCACUUGGAAGUGUGAUGAGAACCUACUUCUAUGUAAAGCAGAGGCAGACAGCAUGAUGCCCUCCUUUCAUCCCCAGCAAGCAUGGCCAAUAGCCAAGGAAUGAUGGGAGUUGUAGCCUACACAUCUGAAGGGCAUGUUGAUGACUGUCCCUGAUGUAAAAGCAGCUUGAAUUGGGGUACAACUCACCUAAUUAAUAUCUUACAAUAACUUACCACUGCUACACAGACACACCUCUGUUGUGUCCUUAUGAAUAAGCCAACUGUGUAGCGCUGCACCUUGAAAGGUAAAAGAGAUAGGCUGUAUCACAACGAUUGGCUUCUAGAGUCAUCAUAAUAUGCAUUUAUCAAAGAGGCCGCGGUAGCCUCUUGCAGCAGAAACACAUUUUUGCUCAGUGCUCCGGAGUGCUAUCAGAAGAGGAGCAAGGCAGCUAGCUAAAGAGCAUUAAAAAGCACUGGGCCAUUACAUGGCUAGAUGCUCGUUUAGCACAUUUCUCUCUUCUAACAUAUAUCUGACCAGUGACAGGUAGAUGUUGGCUGGGGUUGCAAUUUACAGCACUGCAAAUUGCAGCAGUCUGAAGGUGGAAAGGUUUUCCUGCUCCCACUUCACCUGCUACAAAGAUAAAUAGGGAUAGAAAUCCUAAUGUCACGUUCAAAGGACUAUUGUUCCUGUCCCACUCCCCACAGAUCAGAAAGAAGUGGGCAAGUCGGAGGGCCACUAGUUUCUUCUUAAAAUUCAAACAGACACAGUUGCACUCCGUUGUGCAUGUUUUCUUCUUAAUAAUGUGAAAAGUUCAAAUAAAAGACAUACCCAACAGUGCAGCUACAAUAACUGCUGAGAUCUUUUUUUAGACGGCAUAAACUAAGGGCACCUAGGAGAGCGAAGAAAACCAAUAACUGUAGCCAGACAACCAUGAAGUUUUUAGUCCACUGGUCUGAAGUUCAGGUAAGUCACAGGAUGGAAUUUGAGUUCUUAAUUCCAUUUGGGAACGAGCUUCAUCUUGGCAUCAAGGCAGACAUGAAAGAAUUUGGUGACGUCAAACCUCCAAAUGGAAAAUAGUUCAUUCACUGCUUUUUUUUCAAAUCUAGAAGAUGGAAGGUGUGGGUUCCUGGCUGGUACUAUUAAGAUUUUGUCAGGUGGCACACUGGCUUCAGAAUAGAUCAUUCUGGUACUGUUGUCUGUCUCUUCCCUGCCCCCCCCCCCCCCGUUUCCCCCUUUCUCGUCCACCUACCCCUGAUUCCUACUUGAUCUUUAUAUUUUGUUCAGGUUUUGUAUGUUUUAUUAGAAAAAGACUGUAAAAUAGCCACUUAGACACUUUACCUCCUCAGUAUGCAAAUGUAAAUACAUGUAAUAUAGUAAAGAAAUCUUUUGUUUUAAUAUAAGAAUGAGGCUGUCCAAUUUUCUGUUGUACAUUAUUAAAAGUUUGUUUUUAUUCACUUCA